GUCAUAUGAAACGAUUUUUAACAGUGGUAUUUUACUUCAAAAACAUAAAGAUUGAUUCACAUUUAAACUAAAAUACGUAAAGAAAAUUUUUUUCUAAGUCGCUUUAGUAUGUAAUAAUGGUGUAAACUUGUUCAAUUAAAAAAAUUGUUACUCGCUUAUCGUUCUUGAUUAUGACGUCACAAAGACCCACUGAUGUAAACAAUGUUAUGAAAAUAGAGUGAUUUUACGCUAUUUUAUUGAUCAAAAUCUGCUCAAUACCAUUGACAUGGAAGAAUCUUUAUUUGCUGACGAUCUACCCGAUUUCGUGGUACAGCCGUAUCAGUUCGAACCAGUCAAAAAUAACGCCCAACACACGGAUGACUUUGGUUCUUCAUCGGAAGAUGAAGAAGAUGAUCUUGGACAGCCUAUGGGUCAAUUUCCUUUGCCCACAGAUACUAACUGGUGUAAAUGUGGCAACUGUGUGAUUAUGGACACAGCUAGAGAAUGUAAAUGCUGUCACGACAUCGCUGAAGUAUGCAGUCGCAUGGAAGAAAUAGCAUGUGACUGUAUUAUCCAGCAUCCUAGCUUUGCAGUGAAUUGCCUGAAUCACUACGUCCUAGAUGUCUCCUACUAUGAAUAUAUCCAAAACAAUGGACCCCUGGGAAACGAUGAGCCAAUCCAUGAGCUGUAUCGACAUUUAGCAUAUCGUCGGUUUGCAAGAUUUAUUUGGCGGCGCUUAGGAAGACACAACCGACGCAUACUGCCAGCUUGUGUAGUGACAGCUAUAAGACAGAAAUUUCCAAGCCAACAAUAUUGCGGAUUUCGGUAUCCCGGGGAACCUCGCUAACGUAUAAUAUUCGGCGACUCAUUCAAAAUUAUUAUUAAGAAUGUUGUACAUUAUAAAAAUAAGAAGAUAUGAAAAUAAAUUGCUUUAGCCUUAA